CUAAGGGGCGGGCCGAAGCGGUGGUGAGAGUUUGGUAGUGGCGGUAGGGUGUACUCCUUGUCUGAAACUCGGUCUAAAGAGUCCGUUGGACUCCCCCUCCCCCGAAAGGAAUCAUCAACAAAGGAGACAAACGCCCAUCUCUCUGUUGGAAACCUUUAAGUCACAGGAUGAGUCUACAGUGGACUGCAGUUGCCACCUUCCUCUACGCAGAGGUCUUUGCUGUGUUGCUUCUCUGUAUUCCCUUCAUUUCCCCCAAAAGAUGGCAGAAGAUUUUCAAAUCCCGGCUGGUCGAGCUGGUAGUGACCUAUGGCAACACCUUCUUUGUGGUUCUCAUCGUCAUCCUUGUGCUGUUGGUCAUUGAUGCUGCACGUGAGAUCCGGAAAUAUGAUGAUGUGACAGAAAAGGUGAACCUCCAGAACAAUCCAGGUGCCAUGGAGCACUUCCACAUGAAGCUUUUCCGUGCUCAGAGGAAUCUCUAUAUUGCUGGCUUUUCCUUGCUGCUGUCCUUCUUACUUAGACGCCUGGUAACUCUCAUCUCCCAGCAGGCCACACUGCUGGCCUCCAAUGAAGCCUUUAAAAAGCAAGCAGAAAGUGCCAGUGAGGCGGCCAAGAAAUACAUGGAGGAGAAUGACCAGCUAAAGAAGGGAGCUGCCGAAGACGGAGGCAAGUUGGAUGUUGAGAGUGCUGAGGUGAAGUUAGAGGAGAACAAGAGCCUGAAGAAUGACUUGAAGAAGCUAAAAGAUGAGCUGGCCAACAGCAAGAAAAAGCUAGAGAAAGCUGAAAAUGAGGCUCUGGCCAUGCAGAAGCAGUCUGAGGGUCUUACCAAGGAGUACGACCGUCUGCUGGAAGAGCACGCCAAGCUACAGGCCUUAGUACGUGGUCCCUCGGACAAGAAGGAGGAGUAAAGGCUUGUUUCUCCCCCUCCCUGCAACUGGCUUCCUCCUGAUCCGUGCUCACUGUUUACUACUGAGAGCUUACCCUCUCCCUCUGGUACUUGGGUUUAUCCCCUUCUACUUCCCCAGUUUUUUUCCACAGCUUACAGAUCAUUAUUUUGACUCCUUUACACAUACCUGCCAUCAAACCAAAAGGGACCUGAUUUUGUUGCUCAUUUGGAGUAAUUUGCCAUGGUCCUGCCUGGCCAAGGCACUUUCCAGUCCUAGAAGUGUAGAAGAGCACUUGUGACCUGGCCUGCAGUUGAGCCCCAUUUAUUUUGCUGUAUGUCCUUAAGGUGGUUGUGAGGCAGGUCAACUGUUUUAUCCUGAGGACAAUAAAUGUUGUUAGGUUACAA